CUAAGGUUUUGCGGAGUCAAGAUUCGGUCUCUCUAGCCACAUGGCUGAAUGGUGAAGAAAAGCGGUAAAUUUGCCUGAUAUUUUAGGUUGUUUACCUUUGGAAGAACGCAGGAAACCUUCGCGGACACAAUCUGAGACUAUCUGCUCUUCGUGUGUGGGGUUCAAGGUUGUUCGUCGGCUGAAGGUUGCCUUGUGGAAUUGUUUGAAAUACGUCGACGUAACAACACGUUCAACUCCGUAUUAUGACUGAAGUCGAAAGCGUUCCUAAGACGAAACUUGAUAUCGUGGAGGGUAAAAAUCAAGUUAACAACAGUUGUGGACAUGAUGAAGAACACGUCAAAGUCGAAAACCAUACUGCUGCAGUAGAAGACAACGAUAUUUCAAGCGAAAACACUUCGCAGAAAGAGGGGAAUCGCAAUGAUCCUAUGGAAGUACCUCCCCCGCCGAAAAAUCCUUGGACAAGACACUUGAAAAGCAAUGGCGAAAAAGAAGAAGCUGCGAAACCAACUGUUGUGAAAGCCGCUAAACGCAAGGGCAAGGGCAGUGAGUUCACGGAUAUCACAAAUUGGCCAACUCCUGGCGAAUCUACGGCUUCCUCUAAGGACGGAAAGGCCUCUGUUAAUAAGAAAGAAAAUGCUGAAAACGAACUGUCUGGAGACGAUGAAAACCAGAAAACCACGCCGAAGAAAAAAGGUGGAAGACAUAAAUGGGUCCCACUGAACUUAGAAGGUGCUGAAAGUGCCUUAGAGAACUCUGCUAAUGAUUCGGGAGUGGAAAAAUCACCCACAUCACCUGAGGCCACCUCACCAACAACUGUUAACCCCAAGGCGACAAAGUCACCCACCACAAGGUUCAGUCCAGGAAAUGUGCCAGGCAAUGUGUCUCCUGUGAGGGGUGGCAGAGGGGGACGUGGUGGAGGAAGAGGUGGAGGACGAGGACGAGGACGACGUUCACCCAGAGGGGAUGGUAGUCAUCAGCAAAUGCCUUACAACCCAGCAUACCGUCAGUUUGGCUAUCAGAUGUACAAUGGAACAACUUAUUAUGCACAGCCCCAGUAUGCUGCAAAUCAGCCAUACAGCACUAGUUUUUAUUAUAACUCUGGUAACUAUAUGCCUGUCACACCUGCUGCCCCUGCCCCUGCCCCUGCUGCUGCUGCCGCCACUGCUAUAACUUUGGAUGAGAUGACACUCAAAGAAUAUAUUAAGAACCAGAUAGAGUAUUACUUUAGUGAACAGAAUCUUACCAAAGACAUAUUCUUGAGACGCCAGAUGGACUCUGAAGGCUUUAUACCUAUUGGACUUAUUGCAAGCUUUUAUCGGGUUCAGGCCCUUACGCAGGAUGUUAAUCUCAUUCUAGAGGCGCUGAGAGGCAGUGAAGCUGUUGAAAUUAUUGAUGGCAAAAUAAGGAAGAAAGAUAACCCUGCUAUAUGGGCCAUCCCUCCAGACCAACCAGUCACAGUUGAAAACACCAUUACGCAUGUUUAUGAGCCCAUGCCUUCCUUGAAGCAACAUGUCCCAGCAGAUAUUGGGGUGCAGAAUAGCAUGGAGGUACAAAAACAAGAACACACUGAUGGUGGAUUGAACAAUGAGAUUGUAAAACAAGGGCAGAAUGGAUUGGUGUUCAUUAACUCAAACAGUUAUUCAUCUGUCAGAGAGGACAAGCAGUUUGACUCUGAACUGAGAGUUGUAGAAACCAACAAGCGUGAUCCUGAAGCUUGGACAGAGGUAAAAAGACGCAAACCGUCUUCAACAAAGUCAGUGGAUACUAAGGUGAGCAGUUUUACCAAUGACCAAGAAGAGCUGGACUUUCAGUUUGAUGAAGAACUAGAACACCAAGGCAAACAGCCAACAAUAUGCUCCUCUGAUUGGGAUGAUGAUUCAGAUGACGAAAUUGACGAUCAAGACAUACACAAAAUAAUGAUUGUGACGCAGACCCCACCUCCUAUUAAGAAACAUGACAGGACAGGAAACUAUGUCACCAGAGUAAAAAUGACGCAGGAGCUCUCUAAAGCAAUUAAUGAUGGUCUUUAUUACUAUGAGCAGGAUCUUUGGGAUGAUAGUGAUGACAGUUACCUAAAUAGAAAGAUGGUUCUUUCUUCAUCAAUGAAACGCGUAGAACUAGUCAGUCAGGACAAAUUUAACACACAGCGUGAUGCCCUGGAACCUCAAAGAGCUCGUUCAUUCACUGAGGCAGAGUUCCCUCCACCCAGCCCUCCUGUCACAACAGUUCCUCAUGCUACAUUAUCACCUUCAGCUGAAGUGUUCCGUCCAAGAGCAAACACUGCCCCCUCUGAACCUGUGUCUAGGUCUCUUCCAACCACUGUACCCGAGUCUCCUACCCAAGAAAAUCGGCACGGAUCCCGUACUCCCAAGAGGAAGGAUGUCAAAGUAGCUCCAAGGUUUUUCCCUGCAUUCAGCAAGGAGAAUCUUAGUGACCAGGGUCCAAAGAAAAGAAAGACAAAAUACAGUCAGAACCCACCUGUUGAACAGCAUGUUGGUUGGGUUAUGGGAAGCCGGGAUUAUCCGCCACCUAGAAGUCCAAGCCUCAGUGUCUCUGAGGGUAUGACUCCUGUGGUUGGAAGUUAUGGGUCAGUGCCGCAGCCAAUACCACGUUUUCAGCACCCUUCACAUGAACUUCUCCAAGAUAAUGGGUUUACUCAACAACGGUACCAUAAAUAUUACAACAAGUGUCUGAAAGAGAGGAAGAAGCUUGGAAUUGGUCAGUCUCAAGAAAUGAACACCUUGUUUAGAUUCUGGUCAUUUUUCCUGAGAUCACAUUUUAAUAGGAGAAUGUACGAAGAGUUCAAAAUGCUGGCUGUAGAGGAUGCUGCAGCUGGUUAUAGGUAUGGCCUGGAGUGCCUCUUCAGAUUCUUUAGCUAUGGCCUUGAAAAGAAGUUCAAAGCUGACUUGUUCAAAGAUUUCCAGACAGAAACGUUAAGAGAUCAUGACCAAGGAAACCUUUAUGGUUUAGAGAAGUUUUGGGCAUUCCUUAAAUAUUACAAAGGCAAAGCAAGAUUUGAGAUUGACCCAGAUCUGCAAAAACGCCUGGAUAAGUACAAGACAAUAGAUGACUUCAGGAAUGAUCCUAUGAAUCAGUUCCCAGUUGAUCCGCACAGCAACAAACCACGGUCACGGCAUAAUUCACACGGUGACAAAUAUGACCAUCCUCCCACCAGUAGCAGGGAAGAGCAGAAAACAACUAUAGAGGAAGAAAAAAGUGGAAAGGAAGAACAAAAGACUGGUAAAGAGGACAAGAAGGGUCAGAAAAGCACUGAGAGUAGUGAUUCGAGAAGGAAGAGUGCAGAACGCAAAGUUGAAAAGCAGAGCUCAUCUGAUGAAAAAGAUAAGAAGACAGCUGCAGCGAGUAAACAUGCUUCUGAAAAUGUAACUUCAGAAUCUGCUGGUGCUAAAGCAGGUCUAGUUAAAGCCACUUCCGGUAAAUCCCCGUCUGGUAAAGCUACUUCUGGAAAAUCAUCUUCCGGCUCGGGAUCUUCCGGGGAAAGAACGAAUGUUAGCAAACGGGAGAGUUCUCAACAAGGAUCUGUAGCCACUGAUAAAGUGGCCGCCUCCUAGGGAGGAGAAACAAACCAUGAAGACUUGAGUAAAGCAAUUGACUUCAUUCCAAUUUAAUACCAUAAAAAAAAAAAGUUAAAAGAUGAAAACACUGAAAAAAAAGUACAUGGAAAUAUUACUAGUGGACCGUUAACUGUCACACUUCUGGUUGUGAUUGGUGAGAAGGCACUUCCUGAACACAAAUGAGUAUCAAGACAACUGCUACUUGAGAAGUGAAGAAGGUGGCAUGUAUUCCAGAUUUCAAGAAAUGGCGUUUGAGAACUUUAGUAGCAGUGCAUUAUUGUCGUGGCAUGUUGUGGACUCAGCCAAGGAUACCAUAGAGGAAUAAUGAUCAACUGAAUAAAAAAACACAUUAAGAUACCAGAGCAAGAACAAAAACCUUCUUGGUUAGGAAGGUUGUUUUUGUCCAUGUCAAUCAUUCAACAGAUACCUGCACAAAUUGAAUAUACUCCGUGGAGUCAAUAUUCGGAGUACUUCGGUCAUCCUGGCUCAGAGACGAAGCUGUUAUUUAACAAGAGUAAAAUUGAACUUCAUUUUAAAUUACCUUCUAAGUUCAUGCACUCCUUCGUUCCCAUGGUGAUCAUUCUUCAUUCACUCUCAACUUGGUCAGGUUAGGAGAUGGAGACCUGAUUAUCCAAAGAAAAUAUAUUCUUCGAGCACUGUUAUGACGAUCCCACUAGAGCAGCUGAGGGAUUCCCUCAAACGCUAGAAAACUAUUAAAUUAUUUUUAUCAUUGUCAAGGUGAGUUGAACUGUCGGUGUUGUUAUUAUUUUGGUUGAACAUAGAGAAAAAUUAUUGAAUUAUACAUAGUGUGAAAAUUGCGCAAAAGAAACCACCUUUGAGUAUCAAAUGCUUCAAUUGGGGCAAAGCUUUGUAAUCUCUUCACUAGUUCUCACUUCUAGGCCUUGGCUAUCUUUUUCAUCGUUAGACUAAGUUUGGGAUAGGGUACUUGCAGAUAAUGAAAGACUGGAAAUAUUUCUUUUGCAAGGAAAAACUUCAGGGCACAGGAGUUGUUAAGGUAGCUGUGUUGUUCGAAGGGAUCUGUCAGUUGUAGACGACUUCAAAGCCUUAGGUUUGACAUAGUGGUUUGCACUGUUGAUUUGACAGAGCUAGGAUUGUGUUCGGUUUGUUAGACGGGUGAGGUGGUAAGUGAAGUGGAAAAAGCGAGAAGUUAAUCUAUAACUUCGAUCCAAGAAUUGAAUGACAUGUUGCGGACCUUUGAAAAAUUUCUUUUACAGAAGAUUAUAUGAAUUCGAAUAAGCUGGCCUUAAGUAUUAAACGGAACCUAUCAGGUGAACAUGUCUGUAAUUAUCGCGAAACUCGGAAUCACUGCUUUAGAGAAUUGAUCAAUUUAUUGAGGUUUGCUAUGUGAUUUUUUUCAUGUGAAAAACAGAAAUAAUCUGAAGUUAGAUUGCUUCAAAACGUACCUUAGUCGUACCUUGCGAAGGAAUUAUCUUUACUUUGGUAUUAUCAAAUUUGGUUGCGUGUCGUGGUUCGAAUUUGCGUGUCUUGGAACGUUCUGGUGGCGUUAAGUCGCUUGCGUGACGUUACAAGGGUGACAGGAAAAAAGGGAAUGACGUAAGGGGUGCGUUUGAAACGCGGUUAGCUUGUUGCAAUUAGGAUAUUUUUUUGUAAGUGAAUCGAGUUGAUAAUCAAGUUCUUUUUCUUCAAACUUUUUAACUGUCUUCUAAAUUAUCUUGCAAGGUCUACCCACCGAAACAAUAUAGCGGUAUGAUUUAGCUGUACAUAGAGAUCUCUAAGUUAUUAUAAUCGCCCAAUAUCUCUUCAGUUAAAAGUUGGAGUUGAACAAAAUAUAGAAGCUUUGGUCACCGGCAGUUUAUAAUUGAAAUUACCUUGCAGUUUACAAUGAUUGUUAAGAUUUCUUUUUGCGACAAGGUAAAUUAAAUUUAUGUUGAUUUUAAAACGAGUUACACCUUCACAAGCAUUCUUGUAGCAUGAGCUCAUGUCUGCAUUUUCAAAGGUGUAAUUCCAGUAGUUUGUAGCAUUAUGAAAUUGAAAGUUGUUUCGCAUUUGAGGACAGAAAUUUGGUCGAUUUGUUGGUUUGGGCAAGAGCAGAGAUUAGUAUAAUUUUGGAAAUUGUAAAAUUUAAAUUUACAAUUGGAAGAGACUUCCUCUUUUGGGCGAAAUUAUUGUUGGCCCGAGUUUUGGGCACUUCUCCGCUCGUGCGCUUUCCUGAUCGGUUGAUCAGUUUGGAGACUUUCGGCCACUCUAUGAGAACUUCCCAAGAGUAUUUUUCUUCCGAUUGUAUUGCGACAACAGCUUAUUGUGUGACAAACUUGAGUAAUUUGAAUUAGGUUAUUUAUCGCGUUUUACCGCCCAACACUUAGAGGAAAAUUUUAAGGGACUGCUAACUUAUUUAGUGACGUAAUUUGUAGCUUCUUUAGACUGUGUGCACCUCUUAGUGGAUCGAAGACCAGCGUGAACAUAGCCUCGUGAUGCGUGAGCAAAGAACCUUGUUACGCAAUGUCCUGGUCUUCGAUUGAACUGGAAAGUUUGGUCGCAGUUAUGGCUCGUUAACUUGCAGUUCUUGGUAUUCACUUAAUUGCGAGGGUUCAUUAUGUUGUAGUAGUGGUAGUUGUACAAAGGUAAUCACCAAAAAAAAUCAAAUAAAUCUAUUUUAAAACAACA